AGAUUGUAUAUAAAGGGUUCUCUAACGGCUUAAUUAAGAAAAACUGCAAGCUAAGUUGUUUCUCUGAAAACAAGUUUUCUUGUUGACAUUGAUUUUACCAAGAGCUAGCUAUAGCAGCAUUCCAAUCAUUUCCAUUACUAAAAGGCAGAGAGUAAUUAUGGGUUCUGAGGCAAUACUGAAGGAACCUUAUAGAGCAGCCAUGAAAGGAAAAUGGGAUCGCAUGAUUAACUACUAUAAGAAACAUUCCGAAUAUUUGCUAUCUCCACUUACGGCCUCUAAGGAGACUGCACUUCAUAUAGCUGUGUGCAGCAAACAAGAGCAACCACUUAAAGAUUUACUUGAAAUCAUGAAGGAAAACGAAUUACCUUUACCUGAGACAGAAUUUCUCAAGAAAACAAACAAAUUUGACAAUACGGUUCUUCACGAAGCAACCAUCUAUGGCAAUAAUAAGGCUGUAAAACUCUUGGUAGAACGUUGUCCCGAGCUGCUUUCGGUUCCAAAUAAGUUCGGUGAAACCCCAUUGUUUACAGCUGCCGGAUUUGCAGAGACAGAAAUAGUGAAGUUUUUAAUCAGAUCCAAACGAGGACAAUGCGAGGAUGAUGAUGGCCUCCUAUUACCAAUUCACCGCCAGAGAACGGUAGAUAACCUGUCCAUCCUAAGCGCUGCUAUCAUAGGGCAAAACUUUGAAACAGCUUUACUGUUGCUAGAUCUGGAUCAAUCGCUCGCCAGCUUGAAGGACAGAAAUCAAAUAUCUACUCUUCAACUUCUAGCCGAAAUGCCAGCUGCUUUUGAGAGUGAAUUUCCCAUGGGCGUAUUUGAACGACUCAUCUACUAUUGCCUUCCUGUUCCACGUCACCGCGAGGUAAAAUCAAAGGAAAAAAGUCGGAGCCGUGCAGGGAAGGGGGUGGGAGAUCUUGAGAGCGGUCUGGGGAGGAAUUCAGGAGAUCUGGGGAGUGUCUCGAAGAGGAAUCAAAGAGGCGGCAUACUCAAAUAUUUAAAGGUCCCUAAAGGAUGUUGGCUAGAAGGAAUCUGGAAGAAGAAAAAAAAGCAUGUAUUUGCUUUGAGAUUCGCCAAAAGCCUAAUAGAGAAAGAUGAGUCAUUUGAGUCAGAGGGAGAGGAAGGACAAGAGGGAAAACAAACCGUUCUGCUCUCAUCACAAAUCACAACAGGAGACCAAAAUAAAGAAGAAGAAGGGCAAACUUCUAAAAUCACUAGCGAAGCAAAAGAAAUAAAAAAUGUCCAAUGUCCAACAGCACAAACUUCUUUAAUAAAGUCAUCAUUAACUAUUAAGGUGGAGAGCCCAUUGUUUACUGCAACUAGAAGGGGAAUAGAAAAGAUUGUAGAGAUGAUAAUAAAAAAACAUCCUCAUGCUAUUGAGAAUCACAAUAAGGAGGGUCAGAGCAUUUUGGAUAUGGCCGUCAUGUAUCGCCAGAAAAAGAUCUUCGAUUUUCUGAAGCAACAGAAAAUACCGUUGGCUAGAAUGCGUCGAGUUGUUGAUAGUAAAGGCAACACAUUGUUGCAUCAUGUUGCAGAGAAGGGGAAAAACAGUGGAGUAACCAAGCCUGGGCCUGCACUACAACUUCAGGAGGAGUUGCAAUGGUUUGAGCAAGUGCAAAAGCUAAUUCCUUCUAAUUAUGUCCCGCUUCUGAACGACGAGGGAAUGACUGCAAGAGAGUGCUUCGAAAAUACGCACAAGGAGCCACUGAAAGAAGCACAAAGAUGGAUCAAGGAAACGUCUCAGUCUUGCUCAACUGUAGCUGCACUUGUUGCUACGGUUGUCUUUGCUGCUGCCUAUACUGUGCCCGGAGGUUCCGAUGAAAAUGGCAAGCCCAACUUCAUCAACUCUCCCUAUUUUCUGAUUUUCACUGUCUCUGAUGUUGUCUCCUUAGCAAGCUCUUUGACUUCGCUUGUGGUGUUUCUCUCUUUGUUGACCUCUCCGAUUGAGCUACAAGAUUUUCACAUCUCUCUUCCUCGAAAACUUAUUGUUGGCUUCACCUUCCUCUUCUUUUCUGUGAUAACGACCAUGCUAUCCUUUGGGGCAACAAUUUUGAUACUCAUUCAAUCAGAGAGGAAGUUGACAACAUUACUCCUUUCCAUUGCUUCAUUCCUUCCUGUCUUAGUAUUUGGAAUAAUGCAAUUCCGUCUGUACGUCUCAUUUAUGGGCUCUACAUACAACAUUCUCAAGAUAGCCUGGAAAGCUCAUUCAUCGUCUCUUGUUCCUUGCCUACCAUGGGGAAAAAAGCUCCGUCGAGAAGAUUGACACGGGAUAUAUAACUGGCAUGGAUGUUCUUCCUCUUUCUUGUUUGUUUGAAUCUCUACCAUUGAUCAUUAUAUAUUGAGUGUAAUAGCAUGUAUCGUUAUUAUCCAGUUUCGUGAUAUUUAUGUGGUUUUGCUCCCUUCAAUGAUGGCCUUGAAGCCAGUAUGUAAUAUAUAUAGUGUGUCAUGGGGUGGUAUUUGACUAAUAUGAUGUCAAGCUUGCUUCAA